AUGUGGCACAACGUAUUAGCGAACGCGUCAAUACUCUUGCUGCUUCUGACUGUUCCCGUAACCGUGAGCGCCGCGGACUGGGCGACGAUUGGAAAGAAGCUGGAUCCCUCGGGCCAGAUCCUUUCUUCCUGGAUGAACGGUGGUGAUCCUUGCGCCGACCCUCCUUUCCUAGGCGUGCAGUGCGAUUCGGAGGGCCGCGUGCAGUCCAUCUCGCUGGUCAAUCGCGAACUCGUCGGCAGCGUGCCGGACGAGCUGUCGCAGGUGAACGAGCUGAUCAGCCUGAACCUGGACCAGAACAAGCUCACGGGCGUUAUCCCCAACACGCUCAACAACCUCGUGCACCUUCAAUCCGCGUCGAUAUGUUGCAACCUGCUCAGCGGGCAGAUCCCGGACUUGAGUCCCAUGACAGCGCUCAACCUGCUGCAUCUUGAUGGCAACUUCUUGCAGGACGCCAUUCCUGAAUCUCUUGCCAAUCUACUUCAGCUUAAGGACCUUCAGUUGAACAACAACCACCUGUCGGGUACAGUGCCUUCCGUGCUCGGCAAUCUCCAGGCGCUCACGGUGCUGCGCCUCGACCACAACUACCUCAGCGGCACGCUGCCAUCCUCGCUGUCGUGGCUCGCAACCACCCCCAACGCCGUCUUCAACUUCACCGAGAAUCUCUCCGGCUUUUGCGGGCCCGCAGGCCUCGGCCUUCCGCUCUGCCCCGACGAUCCGAACUACGUUCCCCCCGGCACAGCACCACCUCCAUCUGCGCCUCCCUCCGUAUCACCGCCAUCCAGCCCCUCUCCCUCCAGCAGCAGCAGUAGCAGUAGCGGCGGGGGCGGAGUUAGCGUAGCGGUUAUCGCGGGCGUGGCCGGGGGCGUUGCGGCUCUUGCGGUGAUGGGGCUGUUAGCGUGCUACUGUCUGCGCACGCGCAAGCGGAAGACUGUGGUGAACGCCGCUGCGAGCGGGGCGGCGGGCGAGAUGGGAGAGGCGGCGGAGAUGAUGGAGAAAGGGCAGGGCGCCGCGAUUGUUCCUGGCAAGGGCGGGAGCGCGGGCAAAGGGGGAGCUGCGGCGCGCAUUGCGUCCAUCAAGAAGGCCAGCGCAAGCGCAGAAGGCGGAGCCAGUGGUCGCAGGGGCGUGGGAGGGUCUGGUCGCGGUGGUGCAGACGCAGCACCCGGAGCGGUGGAGAGUGGUGGUGGCGCGCAAGCCAGCAGCCGCCCAUCGCCAGUAACGAUUACGGUUGAAAAGGCCGGGGCAGCAACUGGAGAUGUCACAGCGCCGUUGAUUUCCGCUGCUGAAGGAACAGCUGCUGGGGGAACUGCCGGUGCUGCUGGUGCUGCAGCAGGCAUUCAGGAUGGAGGCGCGGGGGAGAGGAGCAGGGGUACGGAGGCAGAGAGAGGCGUGGAGAAGGGUAAGCUUGGGCCGGAGAAGCCGUCUCCUCCUGCUGCGGCGGCGGUGGGAGUGGCGUAUGGUAAUGCGGGGAGAGCGUUGAGAGCUGCUGAUUUGGAGCUUGAUGAGAAGGGCGCGGGGGGGUCGGUGCUGGGGGAUGGCAGCAGCGUGGGGGGAGACGACGACGGCAGUGACACGGGUGGUGCUGCGGGCAGCGGCUCUGCUGCUGCUGGGGGUGCUGGUGUUGGCGUGGCUGCUGGUGCUGGGUACGCCGGGCUGGCUCGCGGUGGGGUGUCUCGAGGAGUGGGGUCAGGGCGAGAGCUGGGCAGUCCUGGUGGGGGCGGGGGCACGUGGGCGGGGGGCUCUGAUGCGGCGUCUGAGGCAUCGGAGGAGAGCGGCAAGGGCGGGUGGGAGCGGGCGUUUUCGUUCUCGGAGCUGGCACUGGCGACGAACGACUUUGGGGCGCGCGGGCAGAGGAACGUGGUGGGGCAGGGGCGCAAUGGGACGGUGUACAAGGCGCGUCUGCCGGAUGGCACCACUGUGGCUGUCAAGCGGCUCAGCAACAAAAAUCCGGACCAGACAGUGCGCGAGUUCCGCUUUGAGGCGGACGCCAUGGCGCACGCGCGGCACCCGAACGUGGUGGCGCUGCUGGGGUGCUGCGCAGAGGGCGACGAGCGCAUGCUCGUCAGCGAGUUCGUGCCCAACGGCUCUCUCGAGCUCUGGCUGCACGGCGCGGGCGCGGGGGGCGGCGCGUUUGGCGCGGGCCCCGCGGAGCCCAUGGAGUGGCCGCUGCGGGUGCAUGUGGCGCUGGGAUGCGCGCGAGGGCUGGCAUACCUGCACGAGGGCACGGACGUGCGGGUGGUGCACCGGGACGUGAAGGCAAGCAACGUGCUGCUGGACGCGCAGUGGAACCCCAAGCUGGGCGACUUUGCCCUUGCCAAAAUCAUGGCCAAGGAGCAGACGCACGCCGCCACUCGCGUUGUCGGCACGUACGGCUACGUGGCGCCAGAGUAUCUGAACACGGGCAUUCUCACGGAGCGCAGUGACGUGUACAGCUAUGGCGUGCUACUGCUGGAGCUCGUCACAGGGCGCCGCCCCAUUGACAACCACCUGCCGCCCGAACAGGUGGACGUGGUGAGGUGGGUGAAGCGGCUGGCAGCAGAGGAGCGGGUGGCAGAGGCACUAGACCCGCGCAUAGCAGGCACGGUGCCGGCAGACGAUGUGGAGUAUGUGGUGGGCAUUGCGCUGCGCUGCAUUGAUGCCAAUGCGCUCAAGCGCCCGCGCAUGAAGCAGAUUGUGCACAUGCUUGAGAGCGAAGACCCUGCGCUGAGGGACGGCUGGGUGGCAAAGAGGCCGACUCCUGCAAGUGCCAAGGCCCUGCGUGACUCCAGCCCAUCAUGGUACCACCGCAACGCUGCUUCAGACUCCCCCGCCGCACCCUCUUCCGCCACCGCUGCUGCCAUGGCGAUUUCCCGAGCCAGCCCCCGAGGCUCCAGUCCCCGGUUCGGCGGGGCAGGUCCGGGGAUCCCAGCGCCUGGUUCAGCGCGCGCAGCAGGCACGAGGCACACGGACAUGCUUCGCUCGGGCAGCCCGAGGAAUUUCGUCGGCGGCGCCACGGGCAGCAGCCCAAAAGCAGCGGAUAUUGGCGGGAUGAUUGCGUCAGCUGCAAUGAAAGCAGGUGUCGUGGGUGGGAGUCCCCGAGCAGGCGGGUAUGUUGGGUACAGCCCCACUAGAAGCGGAGGGGCAGUUCCAGUUUCACCCCCAUCAGCCAGGAAUGGCGGUGGUGGAUCAGCAAGGGUGGGUGCAAGCCCACCGAAGGUGCCUGCUUAUGCACAGGGAGGAAGCACCUCUGCUGCCCGGCUUGGUGGUGUGGGAAUGGGAGGAGCUGGAGGGAUGAGGGGAGGCAGUCCAGGGGGUGCGGGGUACAGAACUGGCUCCAGUCCGAAUGCACCUUUGUAUGGGCCGCGCAAGUUCCUGGUAGCAGUGGAUGACAGCGAGGUGUCGGCGUACGCGUUCACGUGGGCCAUCACCAACCUCUUCCGCCCCGCCGACUCCGCGCUCGUGCUCACCGCCAAGAACUACGCACCCGACAUGCCGCUGCCCACCGCUGACAUCGCCGCUGGGGGCGAGUACGCGGUACCGCUGGUGGCGCCGGUGUCGCAGGAGGAGCAGCUGGCAGUGGAGGAGCGCGCGCGCGCGUUGGUCGACAAGUACAUGCGCCAGUGCGAGCAGGCCAAGGUGGUCAGUGAGGGCGAGGUGGUACAGGGCGACCCCGGGCCGCACAUCGUGAGCGAGGCAGCGCGCGUGGCGGCGGACGCGCUCAUCCUGGGCAGCCAUGGCCGCGGGAUCCUCGGGAGGACAUUUCUGGGCAGCAUCAGUGACUAUGUGCGCCACCACUCCACCGUGCCGGUGGUGAUCGUGCGGCAGCCCAAGGCGGGGGAGACGGCGCACGACGCGCUUACGAGCUCGGGCAUGGCGCGGAGGAUCGUUGUCGCCGUCGACGAGAGCAGCGAGGCGGAGUUUGCAUUCGCAUGGGCGAUGCGGCACGUGGUGCGCGACGGCGACCGCCUCACGGUGCUGCACGUGCAGAACCCCAUCGCCGCGCCCACCUCGCUCGGCAUCGACCAGUUCGGCAUGGAGGACGUGUACAUGCCGCCCGACACGAGCAACCGCGCCAACGUGCGCGCGCUGGACGACAGCGAGAAGCUCGUGGAACGCUUCAUGGCGCUCGUCGCCGCUAGUAGCAAGGCGGAGUGUGAGGGGAGGGUGGUGAUGGGGCCCACGGAGGAGCGGCUGGUGGAGGAGCUGAAGCAGCUCAAUGCGGACCUGGCUGUUGUUGGCACGCGCGACCACGAUGUCAUCUCCCGCACGUUCCUGGGAAGCGUCAGCGACUAUCUCGCUCACAACUGCCCGUGUCCAUUGGUGGUGGCGAAAAUGCCCAAGCCUGCGUCUCGCCCGGGCUCCACCCAGGCCUCUCCCCGCGACUCCCACCAGCAUGCCAUCUGA